AUGAAGCUUCUUUUGCUUCAACUCGUGGCGCUAUCAACGCAAUUAGCGCCACAGGAGUACCUCGAUAAAUGGGCGAGGAAUUUGUUUAUUGAGUAUACUGUCGUAAAUAAUCUAGUGCGGACGACGGAAUUUGAUUAUCCAGCGAAUGAGGACGAAUCUGCUUUUGAAUUUAGAAUAUCAAUCACAAAUACUGGAACGGAAGAGCUCAAUCUUCAGCCGCAUUGGUCGAUCUACUUUUAUCACAGCGACACGAUUCUCAGGGUUAACUCAACAGAUCCAAUCUACGAGCCUUUCAACAUUGGCCAAGGCCUGGAAGUUGCUCAUGUUGAUGGGCAAUUAUGGACAAUCACCCCUGUCAUAGGAGAAUGGGCCCCGCUGAAGAUUGGUGAAAUGAUUGAAAUUAAUCUCAAAGCUCUUGGCUGGGUGGUUUCCGAUUCCACCAUCAUGCCCAAUUGGUACAUUGCUUGCGUAGAUUAUGAAGAGUGCUCGGCGAAGAAUCUUGAAUCUACAAAAGUAACUGCUGACCGUGGCUUUACGUUCAACAGACCAGACUUUGUCACUGAAUUCCGCGGCGACAAAAUGACAAAACGAGAUGUUUUAGACGCAUCCACUGUACCUAUGGCUCCAGACGUCUGGAUGAUGAACAACAAUCUUAAAGUCGUUGAAGAUGGAAAAUCAGUGGAAAAAUAUGGCGUGCCGAUUCUCCCGGUCCCUUCGUUUAUCGAAACAAAACCAAGCACUCUCGAAGUUCAAAAUGGAAAGGAACAACCUAGAAACGGAGUUCCGAUCAGUUCGAGAAAAUGGAUUUAUGACUAUCAAGAAAAUCUCGCUUGCCCAAACCCAAUUUGCAAGGAAUGUUUACCUCAAAGCGGUCAAGGAACUGGUGGAACUCAGUGCAAAUGCCAAGUGCUGGAGGAGCGACAAAUUGGUGAAAAAUGCAUCCCAUCGAGUACAACACAAUGUUCGACAUGGCUUAUCAGAGUUGGAUAUUUGCAUGGCGGGGAUAAAUGGCGACUUGCUACUUCAUCUGAUAUCGUCUUAGACAUAGCAACCUGUGAAGAUAUUCCGGAAACCCUAAGCUUCAUAACGAAGCUGAUUGAUAAGGUUCGUGAGACUGAUGAUGCUAUGAUCUUUACUGGAACCAUGUCUGAUGCAGGGCCUCGAUUUGAGCAUAGAGGCGUUUUUAUUGAUGUCGCGCGAAAUUUUUACCAAGCUGGAACAAUAAGUUCAUUAAUGAACAUCAUGCAGAGAGUUAAUUUGAAUGUUCUGCAUCUUAAACUUGCUGAUAACGAGGGCUGGCGACUCGAAAUUCCAGAACUUCCGAAAUUAACUGAGCUUGGAGCAAGCAGAUGUCAUGAUCCUGCUGGACAUAGUUGUCUCAUGCCUCAAUUAGGUUCUGGUGCCGAUGUAGAGUCUCAUGGAACAGGACAUUUCACAGUUGCGACGUUCAGGGGUCUGCUUGCCGAGGCAUCAAGAAAAGGAAUAACCAUAAUUCCAGAGCUUGGGGCUCCUGGACACUCAAAAGCAGCAGUGAGAGCGAUGGAUGAAAGAUCUGGUGAUUCUUCAAAAGAAGGCGAUUUCCGACUCUCAGAUCCUGACCAAGUGGAGCUGUCCGCUGAUUCCCAUGGUUUCUACAAUAACGUCAUGAAUCCCUGCAUCAAUGGAACAAGAAACUUUUUGGAAGUCGUAACGAAGAGUCUUUGGGCAACAAUGGAGGAUAGUUCUCAUAAGAUGAAGCAUAUUCAUAUUGGUGGAAAUCAAGUGAACAUGGAAGUGAUUAAAAGUAGCCCUGCUUGUCAGGCAAUAAUGGCAGAGCGAAAAAUCAAUGCUGAGCAGAUUCUUCAUGAAUUCUUCCAGUGGUAUGUUACCAUGACUUCCAAUGUCGGAUUCCAGAUCCAUGCUUGGCAAGAUAUUUUCACUUAUGAUGAUGAAAAAACAGGCUACAAAGAGGUCUACCCGGUCGAUGAAUGGGAACUGGCAAAUGGAACUUCAAUCACUGCUUAUCAUCAUCGAAGUCGAUGGAAUACUUCAGAAACGGAGGUUGGUCAUCUUCUCGCAAACGCUGGCUACAGAACCGUCCUGAUGCCAACGACUCAUCUCAAUUUUGAUGCUGCGCAAUCUCCUGAUCCUCAGAUGCGAGGAUCCAUGAACGAUGCUCGGUUUUCCGAUCUUGUCAAAGUCUUUAGCUUCCGCCCUCUCAAUUUCUACGAAAAUGCUUUGUAUGACUUUUGGGGAAAUCGACAAAACACACCCAGCUGCGACAAUUCAAUCGUACGAUGCACGAGCCUGAGUGAGCCGGAUAAUAUCGUCGGAAUUCACGCUGGAAUCUGGAGCCAAGAGAUACUUGAAGGCAAUCAUUUCUACAAGCAGCUGUUUCCGAGGCUUUUUGCUUUUGCUCAACGCGCCUGGGCCGAGGGGUCGUGGGAGCAAGAACGAAGAACGGAUCCAUGGGCGAUUUUUCAGGAUCAGAAGUUUCUUGAAGACUUUAAUUAUUUCCGAUACUCUCUCAGAUACGAGCUUGACAUCAUGGAAAGCAAUAAACAACAAUAUUGGCUUCCUAAGCCUGGGGCUUAUACGCAGAACAGCGGAUGGGGAUUCAAUACUCUUCUGAAAUACAACGAUAUUAUGUUCCGACAAAAGGGUGACUCUGAUACCCGCUGGAGAACUCUAAGUGAAGUUGCUCACCUUGCAAAUACUGAAACUCUGAUGGAAAUGGUCACUUGUGGGAAAGCUUUCAUCAAUGACCAGCCGCUUUAUAUCUCUCCACCCAUGGAAUUUAUUUUCAGCGAAAGGAUUUUCGAAGAACCUCGACCGGACAGUGCCACAAGUCUCCUUCCUUCUUUCUUUCUUUUCUUGAGCAUUUUCUAUCUGUUCUGA